ACAUAUACACCAAGUUUUUUGUUCGGUCCGAACACCGACCCAAUGCCACCAAGGCGAAGCUCCUGGACCAUCGACCCGGACAUCGACGGAAUCGACCUUGACGCUUCCGAUUUCGCCGCCUCCGUCCCGCUCAAGAAGGUCCCAAACGGCGACGUUUUCGAGGCCUCGCGUGCCGGCGAUGUCGAUCGUCUCCGAUAUCUCCUCGAGUCCGGUGUCAACGUCAACGCUCGCGACCAGUGGGACUCGGUGGCGCUCUACUAUGCCUGCCUCGCCGGACACCUCGACGCCGCGCGUAUGUUGCUGGAGAGCGGCGCCAUUUGCUCCGAGCACACCUUUGACGGCGACCGGUGCCAUUACGCGGCGCUGAACUUGAAGGUCAGGAAGCUGUUGAAGGCGUUCGAGGCCAGACCACCGCCUCUGGGACCUUUGCAGGCGGCUCUCAGAGAGACCUUCUUGCGGUGUGGUGCUAACAGGGCCUACUUGGAGCAGGCUGAAAAUAAUGGUCAGCUCCAAAUUUCGGGUUUUUCAUCAAGUUGCGCCUCCAAUUCCAACCACUUCCCUCCAGAUGUGGUAUUUUUUGUGCAAGGUAGGCCUGUUGAAGCUCACAGAUUCAUAUUGAGUGCUCGGUCGCCAUUCUUUAAGAGAAAGUUUGAGACCGAUUGGAGACAUCGCAAAGAAGUAAGAUUUGCUAGGGAAAAGUUAUCAUAUCCUGCUCUUUAUAGCCUCAUCCAUUUCUUUUAUUCAGAUAGACUAGAGAUUUCAGUGGAUGAUAUGGAGGAUCUUGUGAGGAUCUGCAAAGUAUGUAAAUGUGAAUCUUUGCAAAGGAUUAUUGAGAAAGAACUUAUUCAUCAAAAGUAUGCUGAGUACAAAGCAUUGGGAGAUGUCGACAAUGCUCAGAAACGGUUCAUCUUACAGGGUGUGUCCCUUCCUGACGAAGACCGGCUUCCUGGUGCAUUGAACCAGAUCCUUCAAAUUUCCCUUGCCAAUUCCACCAGGGAACCUAUCAUAGAAAAUGGCAUUUCAGAAUUAGUAUCCUGCAUUGGUACAAUGCAUAUUGGUAAUUUUGUAGAUGAUCUUGCAGAUGUUUGUGUUAGAAUUGAUAAAAGGAUUUUCCGUUGCCACCAAGUGGUUUUAGCAUCAAGGUCAGAAUACUUCAAGGCAAGAUUAUCUCGGGUGAAGGAUUUUCAUGAGGGAAAAGAUGGGUUACCCAUUGAUACCCUUCCAUGUCUUGAAGAACAUGAUUUAAGCAUGGAAGCAUUUGAAAAAAUGAUCGAAUAUAUGUAUACUGAUGGUUUGAAGGAUAUAGACCCUCAUCAGGCUGAGGAAAUGUUUGAUGCUGCUUCUAGAUACUUACUAUUUCCUCUUAAGCGUGCUGUAGCUGAUGCUCUGCUGCCGCAUUUGGAAAUGGUUUCACCUGCAGAACUAUGCCAUUGGCUGAUAUUAUCAGACAUGUAUGGUGUUCUGAAGAUCCGUGAGUAUUGUUUAGACACAAUAGCUUGUAACUAUGAGACAUUUGCUGAUAGUCGUGAAUUCCGAGCAAUGCUGUUGACACUGCCACCACCAUCUGGAGACUCUUCACUUCGAACCACAGUUCCAAGUGCUCCUGGAGCUGAGGUCAAUACAGACCAAGUCAAUCUUCUCGAUGAUCUAAGAGAAAAAUGGCUUGAAGCUGAAGCUGCUGAGCUUGACAAGAGGGAUGAGAGUGCAUUACUAUUUGACAAGCGCCUUGAGAUGCUUAUGCUUGUUGCAGAACAGGAAAAAUCUGAUGGAGGUCUGUCUGACGAUAUUCAGGAAAGACCUAUAACAUCUGAAUUCCCUCCUGCUGCCACCUUUGUGCCAAGUGAAGAACAUAAAUAGAAAAUUUAGGUCUGUUCAAUUUUGUUGUUUCCAAAAAUAUAUUAAUGAAUACGAGUUACUUAGGUUGAACUUUGCUACUGCGGAGGUAUUAUACAUCUGAGAGUGCUCUAGUUGGCUUUUUUUUUUUUUUUUUCGUUGAGCUGUAACUUAAGUUGCUCGAGCAUCCAAUAAUUGCUACAUUUAUUAAUUUGUUUGUUGUUAUCUGUAAUGGACUGCUGAAUUGUAAAUUUCUUUUGAAUGUAUACUUCUUGAUGUUCUCUGUC